AAGCGGAAACGUCGCGGGUGGCGAUGAGGUGGUUGAGGUGGCAGCGGUGGGAGAGAGGUCGGGUGGAACCCGCUCCGUCCUCCGACACAACGCUCCGGGCCGGCUCUGUCCUAGGCCUCCGGGCCGCCGCACCGCCCUGCCCGCGGCUGGGAGCGCCGCGGGGCCGCUGAGCAGCGCGGGCCGAGCCUGGGGCUGGCGUGCGGCACGCUCCCUUCGGGGUCCGCUCACGCUCCGCGCCGCCAGGCGACCUGCACCGGCCAUGCCCCACGGCCCCGUGAGCCCAGCCCGGCUGUAGCGGGACCGCGGUCGCCUCCGGAGCGCGGUGCCCGGGGCCGCCGUCGCCAUGCGCCUAGCUGCGGUGCUGGCAGCGCUGCGGCCCGCGCUGCCGCUCGUGCUCGGCCUGUCCCUGGGCUGUAGCCUUAGCUUACUGCGCGCCUCCUGGAGCCAGGGCGGCGGCGAGGAGCUGUGCCUGGGGGCGGCGGGCCGGGCCGAGCUCCCCGGCGGGGCGCAGCCCGAGGCGGCUGAGGCGAGGCCAGGCCAGGGCCGCGAGGACUUCCGGCCUCGGAUCGUGCCGUACUACCGGGACCCCAACAAGCCUUACAAGAAGGUGCUCAGAACUCGCUACAUCCAGACAGAAUUGGGAUUCCACGAGAGACUGUUUGUGGCAGUGCUGACUUCCAAGGCUACCCUGAAUACGCUGGCAGUGGCUGUGAACAAGACCAUAGCUCAUCACUUUUCACGCCUGCUAUACUUCACAGGGCUGCGCAGUGCCAAAGUGCCUCAUGGCAUGGUGCUGGUGGCCCACGGGGAUGAGAGACCCAUCUGGCUGAUGUAUGAGACCAUGUACUAUAUCCACCAGCACUUUGGUUCUGACUAUGACUGGUUCUACAUCAUGCAGGAUGACACCUAUGCCCAGGCUGAACAAGUCAAGGCUCUGGUGACGCAUCUCAGUAUUAACCAAGAUGUCUACCUGGGACGAGCAGAGGAGUUCAUCGGGGGAGAUGAGCAGGCUCGCUAUUGCCAUGGUGGCUUUGGCUACCUCCUGUCCCGCAGCCUGCUGCUGAAACUUCAUCCGCACCUGGACAGCUGCCGCAAUGAGAUCCUCAGUGUGCGCCCAGAUGAGUGGCUGGGACGUUGCAUCAUCGAUUUCCUUGGCAUUACUUGUGUUUCCCAGAUCCAGGGUCAGCAUUACCAUACAUACGAGCUGGCUAAAAAUGCUGAUCCAGAGAAGGAGGAAGAGGAGGAGUUCCAAGCAGCUAUUGCCGUGCAUCCUGUUUCCGACAUGACCCUGAUGUACCGGCUGCACAAGCACUUCAGCAGGAUCCAGCUGGAGAGAGCCUACCAGGAGAUCCAGGAACUGCAGAUGCAGAUCAGGAAUCUGACAUCGCUGACUCCUGCAGGUGAAGCAAGCUUGACGUGGCCUGUGGGGAUCAAUUCCCCAUUUCUUCCUAAGUCACGUUUUGAGGUAAUCAGUUGGGACUAUUUCACUGAGCAGCACCUCUUCUCCUGCCUCGAUGGCUCCCCCAAGUGUGAGCUCUCUGGAGCCAGCAAAGCAGAUGUCAGUGACAUUAUUGAGUCAGCACUUGAGCAACUUAACAGCCGCUACCAACCCUUGCUCCGCUUCAGCAAGCGGCAGUUGCUGAAUGGCUACCGGCGUUUUGACCCCACGCGAGGAAUGGAAUAUACGCUGGACCUGCUGCUGGAGGCAGUGACCCAAAAGGGCCACAGCCAUGUUCUAGUGAAACGAGUGAGCUUGGUGCGGCCCUUAAGUAAGGUAGAAAUUAUUCCCAUGCCUUAUGUAACAGAGGCCACACGUGUGCAACUGGUGCUUCCAUUGACAGUACAGGACUUGGAUUUUGUGUCAAACUUCCUGGAUAUGUAUGCUAUGAACACACUGGACACGCACGAUAAUGCCUUGCUGACUUUGCUUUUCAUCUACCAUCCGUAUGAUGCCCAGCGAGUCAGCCAGGUAGAUGUAUUUGCUGGAGUCAAGGCCAUGGUAGGAGAGCUGGAGAAACGCUAUGCAGAAGUUAAAAUCCCCUGGAUUAGUGUCAAAACUGAAGUGCCGUCACAAGUGAAACUCAUGGAUAUAGUCUCAAAGAAGCACCCCGUGGACACCCUGUUCUUCUUGGCCAGUGUCUGGACAGAAAUCAACAUGGAGUUCCUGAACCGCUGCCGCAUGAAUACUAUCAGCAAUUGGCAGGUCUUCUUUCCAGUGCAUUUCCAAGAGUUCAACCCUGCGCUGGUAUACCGUGGUGAGCAGACUUCUUCCUCCAGCACUGACUUCCUGAGGGAUGGACAUUUUGACAGACAUUCCUUUGCUGAGGCCUGUUUUUAUAACUCUGACUAUAUGACAGCACGUACCAAGCUAGCAGCUGAUAUCCUUGAUCGAGAUGAAGUGCUGGAGAGCAUGGAGGUAUUUGAUGUCUUCCUCCACUACUCUGGUUUGCACUUAUUUCGGGCUGUGGAGCCAGGGUUAGUGCAGAAAUACGCACUGAGGAGCUGCAACCCCCGGCUUAGUGAGGAGUUAUACCACCGCUGUGUCCUCAGUAACUUGGAAGGGCUUGCAUCCCGCUCGCAUUUAGCCAUGGCCCUCUUUGAGCAGGAGCAGGCCAACAGUACUUGAGAGGCUGGAAACAUCAAGAGCUGCUCAGCACCUUAAUACUUGGCACUUUCCAUCCCCUUCCCAGCCUGGCCAUGGUUGAAGGGCAUGUGAGGUCAAGGCGGGGAGAAAGGCUUUCCCAGCCUUGCUCUGCAGCACAAGCAGGGGCUGUGGAGAGAGGCUGUUUUUGUGGAGUUUUAGUUUUGCUUUUGUGUGGGUUGGGGUUGGUUUGAAUUUUUUUUUUUUUUUUUUUAAAAAAAACAAAUAGAUUUCUUUCCAAGCAGACUGAUGUGGUUACUUGUAAACUUUGUAGGCCCUGGGAUGAGGAGUGUAAGAAGAGCUGUUCAGGUGACCUUACUUUGAGCCAAGCAAUUCUGAUGAGUGAUGUGGAGACAGAAUAUGAGAUGUAUUCUGGAGCAAGAUUAUGUUGGCCUUGCCACCCUUGGUGCUGUCAUUGCAUCAUCUCGCAUUUUUCUCUUCAUGCACUUGAUUUUGAGGAGUCGCAAACACAGUUUACUUAGUUUGCUGCCGGACAAAGUUGUUCAGUGCACUUUCACUUUGCUAGGUUUGCAACUGCAGAGCACUCAUUUUGUAAUCAGGGAAUGUAAAGGAACUGAACAUUCCCUUGUCAAACAUCAAGGUUGCAGAGCACCACAUUACUAUACUGGGUUCCUCUAUGCCCUAGGAAUGAACUGGGAGCAAUCUCAGUUUCAGUGUAUUGAGCCAGUGUAUUGAGCCCUUAUUGAUGGCUACAUAAGCAAUAUGUAAGGAACUCAGUUGUAUUCGCUAUAUUUAUGACUAUGAGGUGGAGGUCUGGUAUCAGUUUCAAAAGAGAUGAUGAAAGAUCUGAAAAGCUUCAAAGAAAGUAGUCAAAAGGGAUAACAACAACCUCAAAAGGGAUAAAAAAAAAAGUCAGAUUUGUUUAUUCGAAAA